GGAACCUAGCAUUCGCUAUUAUUAUUGACUUUCUGUUGAAUUGACAUCUCAGCACUGCCGCACUCGGAGACCUUUGUUGAAGUUCAACGGCAAGCUCUCUUGGUCUUCUAUGUGAUCUUUAGCUCUAGAAUUUUUUCUAGCUUUCUUCUAUCAUCUUCCUCAAGAGUACUAGGAGCUACCUCAGGGACUAUGGCAGACAAUGCCAGCGUUAAUUCUCGUGAUCCUCCACCUCCAUACUCUGCUUCCCAACCCCAGCCACUACCAGGGCUUACCGGCUACGAGUUUGGACAUUACGGACAGACUGAAGUGAGUCCACCCCCAUACCAUAAUUGGCAGGAGGCCGUGCCCGACACCCCGACGUUCUCUCCACCACCUGUGACCAGCUAUUUCUGUUCUGGCACCGGCAAUGCAUCCAGCAACGACGCAGAGCGGGCUCAUGAUUACUGCGAUCGUACUCCUCUAUGGAGGCCAGUGAGACCCUCCGUCACGGUUUGCAGCACAGUACAGGCGCAUGACCUUAGACCAGUACGGCCCAGAGAAUUCCACGGAGAACUUUCUACGACCGGCCGAGGAAAAUGGUGGGCGAGUACAAGGAGUAAGAAUGGUGAUUGCAUCCUCUUAACACACUUGCCCCUCUACUUCCCCAUCGUGGAUUCCCCCUUGGUCACAGAGAAAAUUAAAACAAUAUAUUUCGAGAUCAAACUUUGGGGUCUCCGUGUAGGGCCAGGAACCGGUGAGGACGCCAGCGGAUUCUCCAUCGGAUUUGCAGCACAACCGUAUCCUUCUUGGCGAUCACCUGGUUGGGAGAGGGGAAGCCUUGGUGUGUUCUCUGAUGAUGGAUGCCGCUUUGUGGAUGAUUCUUGGGGCGGCAAGGAAUUCCUGGCACCAUUUAAUAGAGGAGAUACGAUCGGAUUAGGCAUGGUAUUCAGUCCUCCGGCCUCGUUAAAAGAAACCAAACUUCCAGUGGAAGUCUUCUGUACUCGAAACGGGAAACUGGAAGGCGGAUGGAACCUCUAUGAGGAAACGGAUGAGGAAGCUGGGGGUGUUGAAGGACUAGAAGGAGAUUUUGACCUCUAUGGUGCUAUAGGAUUCUUUGGUGGUGUUGACUUGGAGGCUUGCUUUGACCCUACGGGCUGGCUGUGGAAGCCCGAAUAAGUUCAUGUGGUCAGAUAUUUGGUUGAAAUCAUAUCCUGCUGUUGAUUAGACCAGGUGUCACAUAUAUGUGCUCCUUUUCAAGUGGUAGAUCCGAUAUUAAUGGGUAUAAAGCCCAGUCAACUU